CGCAUCGCGCCGCCAUCUUGUGCUCCAGGGCGGAUCGCGGCCGGGGCGAGCGGGCUCCGAGCGGGACCCUCCGAGCGCAGCCAGACCCACGGCCCGCGCCUCCCCACGACGCCGACUUCACUGGCCAGUGAGAACAUAUCUCAACCAUGGGAAAUAUUUUUGCUAACCUCUUCAAAGGCCUUUUUGGCAAAAAAGAAAUGCGUAUUCUAAUGGUUGGCCUGGAUGCUGCAGGAAAGACAACUAUUUUGUACAAACUUAAACUUGGUGAAAUAGUAACUACUAUUCCUACUAUAGGUUUCAAUGUGGAAACAGUAGAAUACAAGAACAUCAGCUUCACAGUGUGGGACGUGGGUGGUCAGGACAAGAUCAGACCCCUCUGGCGCCACUACUUCCAGAACACACAAGGUCUGAUUUUUGUGGUUGACAGCAAUGACAGAGAACGUGUGAACGAGGCCAGAGAAGAGCUUAUGAGAAUGUUGGCAGAAGAUGAGCUCAGAGAUGCUGUUUUAUUAGUGUUUGCUAACAAACAGGACCUGCCGAACGCCAUGAAUGCAGCAGAAAUCACAGACAAACUUGGACUGCAUUCUCUUCGCCACAGGAACUGGUACAUCCAGGCAACCUGUGCCACUAGUGGAGACGGUCUCUAUGAAGGACUGGACUGGUUGUCCAAUCAGCUCCGAAACCAGAAAUGAAACCAUAAACCUUCCUCUUCCCUCUUUCUCCACCCCUCCCUCUUAUUUCCUCCUAUUCGCCCUUGCUUUACUCUAAUGUGGCAAACUGUGCUACUUUGUGGUAUUGAGUGCCGGAAGCUGUUUUCAUUUCUUUUUUGUCACAGUAUAUAUUGCAUCAUGCUGUAAAUGUGGCAAAUACAAGCCUGAAAACAGUUAGGUUUCUUAUUUAAUGUAAA